UCAAUGCAAUGCACGUGCGGUAUGUUUUUGUAUACGUAAUUGAUGUUUGUUUGUUGUGUUUGUAGAGGGAGUGCAUUGGUUUGCAUUGGUUUUCAAUGUUAUUGUUGUCCACAUAUUGACUGCAAAAACAAUAAUUGCAUUCAAUUUAGUUGUGGUUUUGACUAUUGAUUUGAUUAUUAUUUUUGUUAACAAUAUUGCCAUCAAUUUGAGGACCAAUUGAUUGCAAUUAUCAAUUGAUAGCAUUAUUUAUAACCCAUUAAAUCCAUUGACAUAUUCAUAACAUCCCACACAUUGACAACUAAAACACAAACAAAUUACAUAAAUUAGGUGACAAUCAGUCAAUCCGUGUCCACAUUCAUAGAUAAAACACAGACAAUGAGUACUAAAGAAGAAGAUGUCUUCAGAAUCGGCAAAAAAUUAGAGAAAAUAAUCUCAAGAAAAGAUAGUUCGUCAUGUGCACAAGCAUUGGAUCUGUUAAAAGCUUUACAAACCAUACCGAUUACACUGGAAGUACUGCAGAAGACACGCAUCGGUAUGACUGUUAACAAUCUGCGUAAAUCCAUCAGCGAUGACGACGUGGUCUCACUGUCCAAGUCUUUAAUAAAGUCUUGGAAGAAGUUGUUGAGUGAUCCCAAUAAUAAAAGUGACACAAAUAAGAGUGAAACGGAUCAACAAAAGACAAACGGCAGUGAAGGAGACAAGUCUUCAAACGACUCAAAACCUAAACUGACUGUAUUUAUUGGUAAUAAUACCACAAACAGCACAAAGACUACUCCAAAUGGUCCGCCAUUUAGACAAACAUCAUUCCCGGCCGACACCACUAAUAGUGUUCGACUGAAGUGUCGCGAAAUGUUAGCCAAUGCACUGAAACACGAAGAUUCAUACGAUGCCGACGAAACAUUGUUUGCUCCCGAAGAGCUGGCCAAACAAGUCGAGGAAUACGUUUAUCGUGAAUUUAGGGACACAAACAUGAAAUACAAGAAUCGCAUCAGGAGUCGAGUGGCCAAUCUAUCGGACAAAAAGAAUCCCGAUUUGAAGCUAAAUGUAUUGCGCGGAUCGAUCAGAGCCGAGAAAAUUGCUAAUAUGACUGCAGAGGAAAUGGCGAGUAAAGACAUGAAAGAUUUGCGACAAAAGUUUACCAAAGAAGCUAUUAAUGAUCACCAAAUGGCUAUGACUUCGGGCACAAAAACAGAUCUAAUUAAGUGUCCGGCCUGUAAAAAGAGUAAUUGUACUUAUAAUCAGGUACAAACCCGAAGUGCCGACGAACCGAUGACAACAUUUUGCUAUUGUAAUGAAUGUGGAAAACGAUGGAAAUUUUGCUAAUUUUUCAUAU